AUGAACGGCGACCCGGGCCUCGUGGGCUGCCUGGUCGAGAGACUCACUACUAGGCUCCCACAUCGCACCGGCACUCAAGCCCUAGACUUCCAACAAGACGAUAUAGCCGUCAUCACCCGCGACUCCCUGCUGAACAUCAGCACUUCCUCGAUAGCAGUCGUUCUCGAUUCCCUUAUUACAUUACUAGAGGAGCUGGUCCGCCCGUACACGAGCUUAGCGGCGCAACCCCAGCACGUCGUCUCCUCGGAGAUCUAUGUAUUUGCCUUGACGGCCGACUGCUGCGCUGCGCACUGGAAGUCUGUACGGGACAAGGCUGCCAAUGGACGCCGCGGUAGUGCUGCACGAAAUGGAGGUUCCUACCCGAAGCAGAUCCUCCCGGAACCACUGGACGAUGUGUUGGUAGGGAGGACCGUGGAACUUUACAAGAUUUUGCUCGAUCCUAUACCGGAAGGGAUGAUUCUGUCCUCAAAUACCUUACUGGAUGACUCUGCAGGGCGCGAAGUUAUGGGGUCGGGGGAGCCAUCUUCCAGGGUCUCCUCCUCGAACGGAUCGGAUGACUUCCCCGAGAUCAGCCAGACCAACAAAGAGCGAGCUUCGCAACUCGAGCCACAUAUCAAGACCAUCUUAGAGUACACAAGUGCAAGCAACUGGAAUGCAACGUUCGAAUACCUCAGGAGUACCGUUUUUGGAAUUCGCACCGCUGCUACUGUUCAAACUGGCAUACCGCAACCCACAACCUUGGGUGAGGAGGAAAGGGUCUCUUUGACCCUGUUACGCCUCCUGUCCUACACAUGGGUCGACGCACAGAGGCUGGGUCUUAUCCUUCAGGAACUGUGUUCGAGUUUUCUCCACUUCAAGAAAUCGUUCCAAAACACGGUAGCAACUGUGCUACCCUUCAUGAUCACGAGAUGGAUCGACCGGUACCCAGACGACUUCAUCAAGUUACACAAUCAGCGUAGGAGACUCGAUGGUGGUGCUGAUACGCUCUUCGACAUGUCGCAGACCAUUGUGGACAACACCCGGAGAAGAGCCAUCAUGUCUCCCAUGCAGAUGGCUCUCCUGUUCCUGCUGCCUGAUGUCUUUGAAGUCGCCAGUGGCCUGAGAGAUGCCAAGAGCGGUGGUAUGAACAAGAAGAUGCAGUUUCUGGAUGGACUACGCAAGGGCCUGAAGAAUAAGAGCGAAUCUGCAGCGUAUUGUCUAGUCAUGCUCCUCCGUGUUGUCAGGUAUCUCGACCUAGACAGCGAUGCAGCAAUUGUCAGUUACGUCAUGGACAUCCAGGACGAAAUCCGCGAUGCCGCUUUCCGUCGCGCCUCAAAUUCAGAAGGGGCUCCCUUUGAUCAGGACCUAACGACGGCUGCGUUUAUCAGUCUUACCCACUUGAACUUUGACAGCAGCGUCGAGUCUCUUCCCCAGACAUGCUUACACCCUUCAGCACCAGUUACUUUCAAGACCGCUAUGAUACAAGCAUGCUCUUAUUUCGCACGACAGGCGAAUCACCUGGACUAUCGCCCGCUGCUCAUUGAAACCGCCGGCUUCAUUCAAAGUCACCUUAAGGCUGUGACUGCGGUACAAUCAGACAUGAUAAUCGGGAAUGCGACAUCUCAGCGCAAAGCAUCCGAGUCGAAUGCGGCAAACCUUGUCAUGACGUGCAACAUUCUCCGGUUUCUCGCGUCCGCUCCAGAGACUCUACUGGAGAAUGGGCCAGCAGAAGGCUCUGACACCAUGCUCGAAGAUGUGUUCCAGGGCUUGAUCGCUUGCUUGGUGUCUGCGGACGAUCAAGUCAGGAGCCUGGCAGGAGUGGUUGCCAAGCAACUAUUCCCUCAAGAGGGGGUCAUGACUGCUUUGCGCAAUACAAAACGUUACGACCAAGAGACACUAUGUCUGAAUUUCUGGAAAAUGACCUCGGCCAUCCUCACGGGCAUGUGUCAGGAACAUGCACAAAACCGAAACGAGACAACCCUUAAGUCCAUACAGAGCUACCUGGAGUCGAGACUUCUGCUAUUGAAGUCUAUUGACGGAUUAACGGAGACCCCGCACGAGAUUCCUGAGAGGAUGGCUACGGCGACCAAGCUCGAGACUAUGUUCUUGGUAUCCUUAUGUUCCCCGGAUAUUGAGACUUGCCAGCUGGUCACAUCAUGUAUUGCCUUGUUCAAGGAGGAAUGCGCCCUCAUUGACGCACGCGAUACGACGAAGGGUGCCUCGCCUUUGCUGCGGAACAGCGACGUCUUUGGCGAGAUUGGAUCCCGCGCAUUCCGAUUCACCGGUGUCGUAGCGUUUCAAAAGCGCGUUCGCAACCUGCUGAGACGAAUGCAGUAUCCCAGUGCCGGUAUACUUGACGCAUGGGAGUUUGCGUUUGAUAGGUGGCUGCACCUGUCAAAGGAUGUGUCGACAACUCCAGUCGACAACGUGGACGAUAGAACGUUGUCGGAGUGGCGCAACUAUUCUGGAUUCCUCGCAUCCUUGGGCGGUAUCUGCACCGCUGACCAGGCUUACGUUCUCGACGAGCCUGCCAUAAGCGGCCUGAGAUGGAUCGAUAGGUUGUCAUCGGAAAACUUCGAGGAACCCCUUCUCAAUCGCUAUCUUCGACUCAGCGUACAGCUGCUGGCUUGUGGGAACGUGCGGGUGAGAGAAACAAUACGGGAUGUCCUUUCCACUGAGAUCUCACCCAACCUGUAUCAGCCCUUGUUCAAAGCGCUGGAGACCGAGCUUGAGGUACUGUUCACUGGUGCACUGGAGACGUCCGGGAAGAACUCGGACGGUGAAAUCGUCUUUGCUGAGCAAGCGGCUUCGCUAUUGAAAGUUCUGGUUGAACGCCUUCAGACGCCUUCCGAUCUAGGAGCAGCGUCUUCGGUCCACCUUGGUGCUCUAGCUCUGAACUUCGCCAAGUUCCUGGAGUCUGCUGUAGACAACACCAACUGUUUGCGGGUCAGGAUCAAGGUUUGUCAGCUGUGCGAGGUUGUCACCAGGAAGAAAGAGCACUUGAACCUGCGAGACGAUGUGCGAAUCCGAAAUCAACUGCUUGAGUUUAUCUUCGGCUGGAUUGCUCGUCCUCGUUCGCCGCGCGGUGAUGGCACCUACGGACCAGGUCGUCAAGAUGAAGUCAUCCGUGUCCAGAAGGACCUUGAUAAGGCCUGCCUCCGCUCGCUUGCAGAGUUGACUUUCCGGUUGCCUCUGCAGCCUGGCGAGGGCCACAACGAUGCUGGGACCAGCGAGCUAAAGUCCCAGAUGUUCCACACCUACUUCAACCGCUUCCUAUCUCUUCUCAAUUACGAGUCACAGGAGGGCUUCAGGAGCGAUCAUCUAGUGCCGCCUACAACCCGUGACGAGUCAACCUCGGCUGCUGACCUCGCAAUCACCAUCUUGUCCAAUCUACUCAGUGCGAACAUUGAUGUAGGCCUGAAACAUUCGCUCAGCAUCGGUUACCACGAGAAUGUAGAGAUUCGCACAGCCUUCCUGAAGGUUCUCUAUAACAUCCUGGUCCAAGGUACUGAAUUUAGCAAUCUAUCGGACGCAGCGGUCAGCGAGAAGUAUGAUGAGCUGCUGAGGCUUCUCACACACGAUACUCAACUCGCAGUCGCUAUAGCCACCGUCUGCCCCAGCAGCGAAGUCGAUGAACUCACCAUCUCAUUGCUCAACAUCUUUGAGGCCCGCGGACUUGCCUUCGACCUUAUGGAGGCCUUGAUCAAGCAAGAGAUCGAAGAGACCGAGAACGAAUCCGAGAUCUUGCGUCGGAACUGUGUUGCCACCAAGGUCUUAUCAAUCUACGCGAAGUGGAAAGGCGCUCCGUACCUGCGCGAAACUCUCCAAAAAGUUGUCGAGAGACUCAUGUUGACCUCCCAAGACCUUGAUCUUGAGCUCGACCCUGCGAGAGGAAUUGUAACGCAGGAAGAAAUCAACAAAAAUUCGAUGCAGCUCAAGGUUGUUACAAAGGUCUUCAUCGACGACAUCGUCAACUCGACAGGGGAAAUACCAGCAUCUUUCCGCAAGAUAUGCAGUAUAAUAUCCGCUGCGGUCAUGCCAAGAUUUCCGGAGGCAAAAUAUACGGCAGUCGGUGCAUUCAUCUUCCUGCGCUUCUUCUGCCCUGCCAUCGUCGCCCCCGAGGUAGAGGGCCUGGUCAAUGCCCCUCCGUCGAAGGAAAUGCGUCGAGGCCUGCUUCUCAUCGCCAAGGUCGUCCAAAAUCUGGCGAACAAUGUCUUGUUUGGAGCCAAAGAGCCUUACAUGUUCCCCCUGAACGAUUUCCUUACCCAAAACAUCUAUCGCGUCACCACUUUCCUUCGGGAAAUUUCUGUGCCACCGGAAGUGAGCGCGAUAGCAUCACCAGACCCGGAGUCCUUUGAUUUUGGGUCGUGUGUGGCUUUGCAUAGGUUCCUAUAUGAUCACUGGGACCAUGUACGCCAGAGACUGAUGUCCCAAGAGAGGAGAGAAUUUGUACGCUCUCCGGGAGAGCUCGCUCGUGGUCGUUCUCCUGUUUUAGAGCCUCUGAGGGCGCUGAUCACGAAUCUCGGUCCACCGCCGCUGGCGGUUACUUGGAACAGACCUCAAAUAUCAGCCAACAGCCCACCAGCCUAUUCUCGUUUCCAACACUUCAUGCUUCGUAACGCUUUCCGAAGCACCGAAUCAUUCAUGACAUCCAGAGCCGUCUAUGAUGGUGGCGAAAGCAAGGAUGGCCUGUCCAUUAUAUGCAUUAUUCUUCGACACAUCGACUCAGACUCCAUAGACUAUGAUACCCUUCUCUACUGUUAUUUAAAGAUCGCAAGUCGCUUGUGGCAUAAACCUUUCGGUAUCCUUGUUGACGCCACAUGUUAUAAUGGCCAAAACGAGGCUCCGGAUGACUUCUUCAAGAAACUUGACCUUCUCAGUCCUGUCGAGCUGUCACGUCAACUAUCGAGAAUAUAUGUCUACAACAUGAACAGUUCAUUCAGGAAAUGCCUUCGCCGUGUCCUCCGUGUAGCCACCAAGAACGACGCCAGUGUCUUCAACCCUACCAACGUCGACUACCAUCUGAUUGGCAGUUUGCAGGAUCUGCAAGCUCAUUUCCACCUGAGCCAGCUUCAUCUUCCUAAGGAUACUAUCAGCGUCGUGACUGACACCAGAUUUGUCUUCCAACCAAUCACUAGGUUGUCGAAAACUAGAGGGAAGAUUGAGGUCAUCAUCAAGGUUGGCAGCCAGUUCGUCCAAGUGACAACAGUCAAGAAGCAGGAGGUCCACCCGGGCUUCCGUCUCAGCGCGACUGUGAACGACAUCUUCAGACUUGGAGAAGUAGAGGAGGCGCCAACAUCGAUUCCCACGGAAGAUGAUUCUGCGUUUGGCCUGCGAGCUGACAAUGGCAAGAUCGUCAUGUAUUUCCAGAGCCCGAAGAAACUCGAUGUUCUCCAGGCUGUGCGUGGCGCGAAAGUCAAGUACGGCAAGGAUACAAGAGCACAAAAGUCGUUCGAGAGACUUAUCCGGCCGCAAGAUGUGCCAGGUACAUUACUGAACCUUGCACUGACGAACCUGGCGGCUCCGGAUCCGAUUCUUCGCUUGUCCUCAUACAACCUAUUGGGAGCACUGUGUCGCACUUUCAAGUUCAAGGCAGCAGCCAAAUUUAUCUUGAUCCGAGAUAUCGCAGUGCCACUGGACCCUACCCAAUUCAUCGUCAACAUCAGCAGAUCACUCGCCAACGAAGAGCCACAAUUGACUUCCGACUUCUUGAAUGAAUUCUUUGUCGGCUGGGAGAGCUUUUCAGAGGAACAAAAACCGCUCAGCCUCGCCUACAUGGCUCCUUGGCUACCCGGCCUUCGUACUUCGCUUCUCGGUGAUGAGACGGAUAGCGAGAAGGGCAAGGAGAAGAUUGCAGCCAUAUUCCGGAAGCUCAUUGACGUUGCAAUUACAGAUCCUACACUCAACCUUACCCUUGAGCAUGCGGUCUGGCCUGCGAUCUACAAGGAUGAGACCUUGCUGGACAUCUUCCUCGAGGAGAUCCUCAAAGCAGCUCUUAGUCUCGGGAUGUACGAUGAGCAAACGCAGUCCUUGACUACCAUCGUCACAGCCAUGGGAACAAUAACGCUUCGCGGGAAGAUCAUAUCCCGUCUCCGGAAGGCUUUGAACAGGUCCUCCCAGCGGCCUACUAAAUUCCUGCCAGACAACAGCGUCUGGCCAGAGAUAUGCGUUCUGCUCCAGUUCUGCUUGUCUUUGUCAUUUGAUUGCGGUGUUCAGUCGCAAUUGUACCUGCCUGAGCUCUUCCACGUAGUUACUAUGCUUGCGAAUACUGGUCCGGCAGACUUCCGGGUUCUUGUCCACAGGCUCCUUAUCAACUCUAUUCACGCCGCCUGCACUUCCUUCAGGAUUGACGACGCCAAAUUAGCAAAGCUUCGCACCACGCUGGAAAUAUUGUCAGAACCUAGGAACGAUAUCUUUGCGGCACCGCCGACCUCCCUGCGAGAUGGAGCGUCCAUAUCCACAAACCAGGAGACUGGCCAAACGCUUGCAACAACUGAGCAUCUGGCUGCUCUCCUGUUCGAAACCUGCUCCAUUGCUGCUCCCUCAGUUGACAUGGCCAAUGCUUGGCGGUCUAGAUGGAUGAGUUUGGUGGCCAGCACUGCAUUCCAGAACAACCCCGCCAUUCAACCCAGGGCGUUUACUGUCAUGGGCUGUUUGGCAAGAGAAGAAGUCGACGACGAUUUGCUAUACCAGGUUUUGGUCGCUUUGCGCAAUGCUGUUGGUCGCUUCUCGGAGGACAGCAACAAUGAGAUGCUUGUUGCAAUUGUAACCUCGUUAUCAAAGAUGAUGGGCAAGCUGCUGACAGCGUCCCGUUAUGGCUUGCAGCUGUUCUGGCUCGCCAUCUCACUUCUGCGGCUAGUCCCAUCGUCACUCUUCAACUGCGCGGCAAACUUUCUAGAGGCAGUGCUCACAAACAUUGGCACUGCAGGCGAUAUGAGGAAUGAGAAGAUGGCUCAGGUUCUGCUGCAAGGCCGCGUUCAGCUCGAGGAUGCUGCACUCGCACUUGACGACGUCUAUGGCAUCAAUUUCACCCCGGAAAACUUCCAUUUCGCUCCGACUGCUUUGCGCGUUCUUUCGACAUUCCUCGAGAUGACGACAAGUUCCUCGUUUGACGCGGACAAACUGACUCGAGAUGUGUUGACCUCACCGUACCUGGCCCUGAUCCAAGCCAGGGCGGUUGAACCAGAUGAGCUGAAGGACGUUCUCUAUCUGUCAGGUCUACAUCCCGCCAGCGUUACCAGUCUUGGACGCAAGCGGGCUUUGCGCGAUCUUUCGUCUGUGAAGGACAAGGACCUGCUCCUGAGCACUGCCAUCGAGCUUGUUGAUUUCCAAUACCUAGAAGAUGCUGUGCAGAAUCGUACCCUGCUGUGGCUCAACGAACUUGCCAACAACCGUCCGGCAGUCGUCCUACAUCUAUGCUCCCCAGUUGCGCAGAUUCUAGAUGACGUUCUAUUGCAUUGCCAGAAUCCGUCAACCUUGGAGGCUGCCCAUGCAUUGUUCCGUACCAUGACUUCAAAUCCCAAGUUCUCGAACGCGCUGGAGUCAACCGGUAUCCUGAACGAGAUCCUGGAGGACAUGGGCUUUGGCGGCCUGUGGCGUUCUUGUUCGUUCAGUCAGACCCAGGAGCCGGAGAAGCAGUGCUUUGGUCUGACUGAGAAGCUUAUUGAGCUUAUCAUCAUAUGA